AUUCAGAUCCCAGUAUCAUCCGGACGGGACGCAUCAACACCCUCUCUGUGUCUUUCUCUGCGUGUAUGUGUGGAUUUACACAUUAUAUCCUGAGCUUCAGCAAGGACAGCAUGCUUUAAAACUUCAUGUUUCUAAAGGACUAAUAGUUUUGCUCACAUUUCAUGAUUACUUCUGUUUUGGGAAUUCUAAUUCUGGAUCACUUUUUACGCAUGGAGAUUGUCUGAGAGCGCGAUUCUCAGAUGCACUCUGCUCAUAGAAAGAAUCUCUCCACAGGUCUAUUGCUUUCAUUGGAUUUAUAAAUGAACGAGUGGUCAGAGAUGCUGGUGUGCAGGGAUUAUUGCGCGCUCAUGAUGCGGGAUCGGAAGGAAUGCGACGCGCGCUGCUGUCGGGACGGCGAAGGGGAGCGGGUUCGAGCCCGGGAGCGCUUGGACGCCACUGUCGCGGGACUGACCGAGCUGGAGUACUUGAGGCAGAGGCAGGAGCUGCUGGUCAGGAGUGUGUUGAGCUGUCCAGAGGCUGCAGGACAAGACAAACCCUGCCUGACAGUGGACGACAGCUAUCUGAACACUGAAGAGAAACUUCUGGAGGAGAAUAUUUUGUUGCUUAGGAAACAGUUGAACUGCCUCAGGAGGCGAGACGCAGGUUUGAUUAACCAGCUCCAGGAAUUAGACCGACAGAUCAGUGACCUGCGGCUGGACACUGAGACUUCGCAUGAACAUGUGGAAACCGACAGCCGGCCAAGCUCUGGCUUUUACGACUUAAGCGACGGUGCUUCAGGAUCCCUCUCCAAUUCCUCCAACUCUGUGUUCAGCGAGUGUUUGUCCAGUUGUCGUUCCACCACCUGCCUGUGCACCCCCCUCGACACCUCGCUCUGUGCCUCAGAGGGAAGGCUUAAGCCUGCAGAUGAUCCGGGCAGUUGUGCCGAGUGUGAUUGCCAUUGUGAAGACUCCAGUUCUGGAACAGUUCGCAGGUCUCUUUCUGCUUCCUACUCCCCUUCCCCGGAUAGCUCCUGCGAUGGCAUUUCCAAAUUUCACUGUGACCUAAUUGCCAAAAAUGGUAAUGAUGUUUACCGGUACCCCAGCCCUCUCCAUGCGGUGGCUGUCCAAAGCCCCGUUUUUAUCCAGUCGAUGACAAGUCACCUAAAGGACGAUUGUAACUUCUCCAAGCCUGGGGAAGCAUUGAAUGAUGAACAGAAACCCGAGCAGGUUGUAGGCUCCCAGACAUCAUCUUGGCAUGCCUCUCAGAUGCUUCCAAACAAAAAACUGGAUAGUUACAUCUUCGGGCUACUUCAGAGGAGGGCACAGCCCUUGAGGACCAACAAACCCAGAACAAGCAUCAAUACUGACCCCUCCAAAAGCAUUUUAAGGCAGGCUAGUCUUUGUUCACGGGCUCCUGCUUCUGUUCAGGCCCAGCAAUGGACCUCUGACCUUAAACCAAACUGGCAGACAUGUUUACAGGAUGCAUCAGCAACUAGCACUGAACCAAGCACAGCUUCACCCCAAAGACAGUGGUCUGCUGAGUCUAAGGGUGGAACUCCUCAAAAUGGAGCAUACUUGUCUUCAAGUCAGCCACAGAACAGUUAUUCAACCACAAAUGAAAACACUAAUUGUCUGUUGAAGAAGAAAGUUUCUGGGACCAGUAAAGGUCAGCUGUUAAGUGCUACACCGAAAGACUGCCCGGAUUUGGGCAGCCCAAAGGCUGUUUCCUCUCCUAAACUCAACAAGCAUUGUUUUUACAAUGUGGAGGACAAUAAAACAGGCCAAGCAAUGAAAGCAAGUCCUCUAAAGAGGAGUCCUAAGACUCAAACUUCGCUCAGUUGUGGUAAAGACAGCGAGCAGUUGGCUCAAGAGUUGGUAAGCCUCGGUUCUUCUUCACAAAGUCAAGAUGAGGGAGGUCCUCUGGUCAGUGCCCAGUAUAUUCCUGCUCAGAAACAGAACGUAAAUCUUCAAAAGGGUGGCACCAAGAACAUCAAGAUUGGGAAAGUGAAAAAUUCUGCUAGUUCAAAAAGUAGACCUCAAGUGUUCGAGCAUGUUUCAGAGACUGUCCGUGACAAGCAUCGAACAGGAUCUAGGAGGACUCGUCAAGUAGAUGAAGUCCACCACUUGCACAAAUCCUCCAAGAAGGCCUCGGCAAAAACCAAGAGAAUUCCUGCCUCCAUCCCUGAAGGACGAAUCCUGGAGAGGCACACCAGUUCCUCAGGGGCUCGAUCCUCUGCCCAGAGACACCAUGGUCAUCACCGACAUCACGAGGCAGUGUUGGCUAAACCUAAAUACAAGCGCAAUGAUUUCCACCGGCGCCCGAGGGGUCUCCAUGAGAUCCCCUAUGAGGAGGCUUAUAGAAGGGCUCACCGCAGGCAAAAACGUGAAAUGCUGAGCCACAUGUACCUGCCGUCUAAUGCACACUACACCAGCCCCUACGCCUAUGUUGGCAGUGACUCUGAGUAUUCAGCAGAGUGCGCCUCCCUUUUCCAUUCCACCAUUUUGGACACAAGCGAGGACGAGCGCAGCAACUACACUACCAACUGUUUUGGGGACAGUGAGUCGAGUGCUAGCGAGGCUGACUAUGUAGCCGAAAGCAGCACUAGCAGUGACUCUGAGGGCAGCGCUGGAGUCAAUUGGCGCCAGAUCAGCCAGGCAGGCUCAGGAUCCCAUGGAAUGACGUCAGCACAGGCGAAGGCUUUUGUCAAAAUCAAGGCUUCCCAUAACUUGAAGAAGAAGAUCUUGCGUUUCCGAUCAGGCUCCUUAAAACUCAUGACUACAGUGUGAGAGAUUUUAGGCACACUAAGAUCCGUUAGGAUGCGACCAAUGAAAUUGGCUUGUCUCCAUUGUUACACAAUCAAGUGCCUAGACAGAAAUCAGCUGCACGGCCUAAAACUGCCUGUCGGUCAGCUGGGAAGUCAAAUCUGUCCAGCACAACGCCUUCCCCUGCACUUUUCACCCCUUGACGUUAUUGUCUUUAGGCUUUUUUUUACUUUUUAUUUUGUAUUUAUUAUUAAUUCAGCUUUGGCUGUUACGCAUCUACAUAGCAAGUACUAUGUAAAUGCAAGGUUUAAACAUGGUUUACUUUUCUAAAGAUAUUUAUAACUUAAUAUAUUUGGCUAGCCAUACUUGGAAAUGGAAUAGGAAGUAUGAUUAAACUGAAGCAGUGUACUACAGACACAGUCUGUCUGAGAAAUAUUCGAUGCUACCAAGGCUAGUUCACCUACUGAUCAUUAAGGGCUUUUGUUAAAUGCACAUUAAAUAUGCAUGAGCAACAGCUUCACCAUUUACCUUAUUAGCUGUAAAUGACCCUUUUGUAACAUAACUGUUAAUGUAUGUUGAUUUCUUGUGUCUUUUUAUUCUUUAUUAAAUCCCAUUGUUAAAAUCA